AGAGGCAAGCACUACGACCAUAUCACAAACAACAACGGAAGUAGCUACAACUACUGCACCAGGCACAACAACUGGACCACAAACAACUACUGGCAAGGAAACAACAACUGGACCACAAACGACAACUGGACCGGGCACAACAACUGGACCAGUUACAACAACUGGACCAGUAACAACAACUGGACCAGUUACAACAACUGGACCAGGUACAACAACUGGACCAGGAACGACAACGGGACCAGUGACAACAACUGGACCAGUUACAACAACAGCACCAGGAACGACAACCGCACCAGUUACAACAACUGGACCAGUAACAACAACUGGACCAGGUACAACAACUGGACCAGGAUCGACAACGGGACCAGUGACAACAACUGGACCAGGAACAACAACUGGACCAGUUACAACAACUGGACCAGGAACGACAACGGGACCUCUUACGACAACAGCACCGGGAACGACAACGGUACCAGUGACAACAACUGGACCAGUAACGACAACUGGACCAGUUACAACAACUGGACCAGUUACAACAACUGGACCAGGAACGACAACGGGACCAGUUACAACAACUGGACCAGGAACGACAACGGGACCUGUUACGACAACAGCACCAGGUACGACAACAGCACCAGUUACAACAACUGGACCAGUCACAACAACAGGACCAGUUACAACAACUGGACCAGUCACAACAACAGGACCAGGUACAACAACUGGACCAGUUACAACAACUGCACCAGUUACAACAACUGGACCAGUAACGACAACCGGACCAGUUACAACAACAGCACCAGGUACGACAACAGCACCAGUUACAACAACGGGACCAGUUACAACAACUGGACCCGUAACAACAACUGGACCAGGAACGACAACGGGACCAGUUACAACAACCGGACCAGUUACAACAACUGGACCAGUAACAACAACUGGACCAGGAACGACAACGGGACCAGUUACAACAACAGCACCAGGUACGACAACAACACCAGGUACAACAACUGGACCAGUCACAACAACAGGACCAGGUACAACAACUGGACCAGUCACAUCAACAGCACCAGGUACAACAACUGGACCAGUUACAACAACUGGGCCACAAACAACAACUGGACCAGGAACGACAACGGGACCAGUUACGACAACAGCACCAGGUACGACAACAGCACCAGUUACAACAACGGGACCAGUUACAACAACUGGACCAGUUACUACAACUGGACCAGGAACGACAACGGGACCAGUUACAACAACCGGACCAGUUACAACAACUGGACCAGUAACAACAACUGGACAAGGAACGACAACGGGACCAGUUACGACAACGGGACCAGGAACGACAACGGGACCAGUGACAACAACGGGACCAGUUACGACAACAGCACCAGGUACGACAACAGCACCAGGUACAACAACUGGACCAGUCACAACAACAGGACCAGGUACAACAACUGGACCAGUUACAACAACUGGGCCACAAACAACAACUGGACCAGGAACGACAACGGGACCAGUUACGACAACAGCACCAGGUACGACAACAGCACCAGUUACAACAACGGGACCAGUUACAACAACGGGACCAGUUACAACAACUGGACCAGUUACUACAACAGGACCAGCUACAACAACUGGACCAGCUACAACAACAGCACCAGGUACAACAACUGGACCAGUAACAACAACUGGACCAGGAACGACAACGGGACCAGUUACAACAACAGCACCAGGUACAACAACUGGACCAGUUACAACAACGGGACCAGUUACCACAACUGGACCAGUAACAACAACAGGACAAGUAACAACAACAGGACCAGUUACAACAACUGGACCAGUCACAACAACUGGACCAGGAACGACAACGGGACCAGUCACAACAACUGGACCAGUUACAUCAACUGGACCAGGAACGACAACUGCACCAGGUACAACAACAGCACCAGGUACAACAACUGGACCAGUUACAACAACAACUAGACCACAAACAACCACUGCGCCUAGUACAACAACCACUGUGCCUAGUACAACAACCACAAGACCAC